CAAGGGGACGACUACCCCACGCUGAGCUUCAUCAUCAUCCUAUCGUUAACCCCCGGUUGACAGCCUUGAUCGACCUCACGCGAAACUUGUCUACUAUAUCGUCACCAUGGCAUCCCAGAACGUGGAGAAGACACGCCUAAGGCUGCAGAGGAGGAUCGAGGAAGGACAGUACUACGAAGCGCACCAACAGCUCCGAGUAGUGUCGCAGCGCUACCUGAAAGUCGGAAACUACGAUGCAGCUAUCGAAAUCCUCACCGCCGGCGCCCAGUCAUUACUGAAAGCCGACCAGGGCGGGAGUGGUGGAGAUCUAUGCUUGGUUCUGGUGGAAGUUUACAAGACGGCCAAGCUGGCGCCCGACUCCGCGUCUAAAUCGCGGCUGGUCGAACUGAUCACCAUGAUGCCGGCGGAAGAGCCUAGUCGGAAGCGGUUCAUCAAUGAGACCAUAGCUUGGACAUCAAAAUUCGGAGAGUUCCCCGCGGGUGAUCCUGAGCUUCACCAUUUCAUUGGCAACCUCUACGCAAAUGAGGACGAGGUAUACGAAGCGGAGAAGCAUUUGAUACUCGGCACUCGGGAGAGCGCCGAAGUCCUGGCCCGUCUGUUAUACGAGUGGUACAAGCAAGACGAAGCUCACACCGCUCCGACCUACAUUGCGCGAGCAGUUUUCGGAUACCUGCUCGUUGGCAACCUCCGGGAGGCGUGUCGUUCGCUAGAAGUAUUCGUCGGACAGCUUAUGCAGGAAAACUCGACGCUCGUUAUUCAGGAGGUCCAGUCUGCUUCGGCUGAUAUCCGUAUCUUCCCAUCAUUGCCGUUGCUCAAUUUCUUGAGUCUUUUGACCUUGGCGACGCAGACGGGUGGGGCAGAAGUGUUCCGUAACCUCAAGUCUCAUUAUGCUUCUCAGCUCAAGGAUAUUCAAGAUUGGGAUGAUGCUAUCGAACAUAUCGGGGAGAUGUACUUCGGUAUCCAGAUCCGAAGGCCGACGAACAUUUUGGAUAUGAUGGGCAGCAUGUUUGGAGCAGGAGGUGCCCCGGACGCACGUUCACAGGCUCCGCAAAUCACUGGCUCGUUUGAUCUGGAUUGAGCCGUUGGCUUUUAUCUGCUACGUGGGUGAUAGUGGUUGUGGGAAGCUGUGGGGGAGGAGGAGGAAGCACACAUACGAGUACGAGGAGUUUCUGGCGUCCACCAAAGCGUUGCCCGUCUAGUAGUUCAAUUCAUAUCCCUUUUGACACUUAUCAUAGUCAAUGGCUGCCGUUCA